GUGUAAAAAGUUAGAAUAGAACUGUUGCAAAGUGUGUGCAGGCUAUAUUCAAUAAGUACCAGCUUCUUACAAUGAAACGCGUGUGAAACAAAUGGACAAUAUUGGGCAACAUAUAGAUAUAUAGAAAUAUGGCGUCGACAAAUAAAUAAAAAGCACGAGACAAAGACAGAAAUAGAACUAACGACGAUUGCGAAAUAACAACAACGAAGGGGUGAAUGACUCUUCCAUCAGCAUCAUGUCAAAUCUUACCAGAUACAUAAUUCCGUUCGGAAUCAUCUCUAUCCUGAUGCUAUUUAUAUUUUUUGCUACACACCGGCCUAUUGUUACCGAACUUUAAAAGGGUUAUGAUGAAAAACUCAUCCAGUAAUAAUGUUGCCUUCGUUUCUGCGCAUGAUAUUCGUGAGCAAAGUGGUCUCACUGAUAAAGGCUUCGAAGUGUCCGGCUACAGGCAGAAUGUCGACAUUGGAGCGAGCUACCAGACAACGCCUCCUUUUGAGAAUGACUUGAGUUUUAAUGUGAACGAAUAUAACGUUACAGACGAGACAAUAGAGCUUCUUGGCUACAUGGGCAAAAACAACUCAACGAUUUCAGUGAGGUUAAGCGGGCUUUCAAAUUUGUUAAGUAUCAUAAAACCGUAUAUAAAACAAGACAAUAAACUGAAACAUAUAAAAUUACCACACACAUCUUUGUUUCAUUAUACAAGAUUGGUAACUGAUGUUAACUGCAACGCUAUAUUCCAGGGUGAUAAAGAUGAAAUAAAACGUGCAGAGAAUAUUACUCGAGUUAGAAAUUUUCUCCAACCUCAAAACUACUCAGAAAUGACGAAAAACUGCUCAUAUUUUAAACGUCAGCGUGGCUAUAUUGAGCACCAUUUAACUGAAGUUGAACGUGACUUUCCUAUAGCGUUCAGUCUUUUAAUGUUCACAGAUAUUGAACAAUCUGAGAGACUCCUACGUGCCAUUUACAGACCACAGAACUUUUAUUGCAUACACGUUGACUCCAAAACAGAUCAAGCCAUGUACGACGGCAUGUCUUCAAUUGCGAGUUGCUUUGAUAAUGUGAUUAUGACGUCAACACGAUUUAACGUUCAGUGGGGUACAAUGACCGUUCUCGAGCCAGAGUUGCUCUGCAUGCAAGAGCUUUGGAACAAAAGUACAGCGUGGAAAUACUUUAUUAAUCUGACUGGACAGGAGUUCCCGUUGCGAACAAACUACGAACUUGUACGUAUUUUAGAGGCGUUCAAUGGAUCAAACGACAUAAUGGGAUUAUUAAAAAGAGCCAACAGGGAUCGGUGGCGGAAAGCCGGUCCACCACCUCACAACAUCACGGCGUUAAAGGGGGCCGUGCAUAUUGUGGCCAACAGAGGCUAUGUGAAAUUCAUAUUACACGACAAACGAGCCCAUGACCUAUUGAACUGGACGAGACAGACGCAGGUGCCCGAUGAAACGUUCUUUGCUACGCUCAAUCAUAACCCUCAACUCGGUGUACCAGGUGCUUACAUAGGAGUACCAGAGACGGACGAAACGAUCAAGCCGUAUAUGGCACGAUUCAAGGAUUGGGGCGAAAGAGAGUGCCAUGGCAAACGCGUGCGCCUCAUCUGCGUAAUAGGCACAGGCGACCUGCCGGAACUAGCUCAAAGCAAGAAACUAUUCGUUAAUAAAUUCCAUCAGAACUUUCAUCCCUAUGGUUACGAUUGUCUUGAGGAACUUAUUGCAAACCGCACCCGAGAUAUUUACCUCGGUGAUCUCGCUUUUGAUUCCAGAUAUUACGGGACUUUGGGCUUUGUUAAAAACAGAGUCUAAUGCAACAUGAAAAACGUUGAUGUUGGAUGUUAGUAAUGUACGCUUAAUAUCGUAUCAAUGUAGAUUUAAGUGUGUCAAUUAACGUUAUAAUAUAAUUUUUAUAUUUGAAUUCUUGGUUAAAGUCCGAAAAAAAAGAGUAUAGAUGCUAUGUUAAGAAUUGUUUUAUGUGUGUAUUGACUCUUAAAUAGAACAAUAACCAAUUAUAUAGCAGUUUGUUUUUCAGCACGUGUAGUGGUAAUGAAAAAAUAUUUGUAAUAAUCAUCUUGCAUUGUGUGUUGUGAAUAUCAUCAGAAUUCAUUCCUCAACCGAAUAUCGGUGCACAUUAUUUUUGUUGUUCACAUUUUGUCUAUACGGUGCACUGCAUUUAGCAAGAUAAUGUUCUCCAAGAUCUAAUAUAUUUAUAUAUUUGUAUUUACCUUGUGUUUAGUCCGUUAUAUGUUGUUUGUUGUGAGAAUAAUCCAACAUAUUCGAAAUUCCUGCACUGUCAAAAUCGGUGCAGCAAUGUAUAUUGAUGACGUCAUACGUAGGAAUAUGGUGGAGUGUUAUUGCAUGUAUUUGACUUUAAAAUAGGCUGUAAAAUUAUAAUAUUCACUCCUCUAUUUGUAUGAAAAGAUGAUAUUU